AUGUCUGAUGAUGAAUGGGGCUCUUUGAACAACUCCAACGCUGCAAGGUCGGUGGCUUCAUUAAAAUCAAAUGAACAUCACGACACCAGCAAUAACGAGGAUGCUCUCGAUGCUAUGGGUAUGAUUCACGAUGAUUCAAUACGACAACGCCACCACAAUGAUACAACUUUCAACGACCAUCGCAGAGUGUCAAAUAUACAACCAGACCAACGGAUGAUCAGGCCACCUAGAAAUUACGGAAAUGGGAAGUAUUCUGACCCGUUUACUCAGCAAUCGAAAUUGUUAUCUCACGAGAAAGAUAGGCAAGGUCAGACAUCUUCUGAUAUGGAAUAUGGUUCUGUGUUUGUAUCGAAGAACCACCUUCCAAAAUCCACAACAUUGGGGUCCGGCUCGGUUCCAUUUCCUGGAGCCAAGUUUCAGCCACAAAUGCCAAAACCAUUGUCUCCAUUCAAUCAGUCGUCAAAGUUAUCACAGUCAGUUCCUAUAUCAUUGGAAUCUCAACUAAAUGAUAGAAAUAGCCCACCGUCAAGAGAUGAUGAUUCUAUAUACGCACCGUCAAACCCGACAACGAGGAGAAAUUCAGAUAGCUCGUCGUUAAAUGAUGUCUGCUUUCCCGUCGACAAUUUGGAAGAAACCGAAAGAUCUAAGAAAUGGCCAAAUCUAGAAAUAUUGCAAGAAUUUGCCGAUGAAGAAAUUAAUGAACUGAAACUAAAACAUCAGCAAUCAUUAUCUUCAUCAGCGGAUGAAAAUGAGGAAAAUAACAAUGUUAAUUUUCAAUAUCCGAUUAUCUCUAAUGUCGAUUAUGGUGACAUCACUACUCCUUUGAUAACAUCAACAAAUGAGGAAAUUGAUCCAAUAAAUGGAAGACUAAGACCCCAAACGUUCAAUCCCUGGGGUAAACCCGAAUACGUCUCUAGACAUGAUAAAUUGACCAAAUUAAGGUUUACAUAUUUCAGAGAAGAUAUUCCCAACACUAUCCACUCACCAACAAUAUCGGGUCUGCUACAUGGUGGGAAACGUUUUGAGGAUCUGUUUUCUCCUGACCACUAUUCUGCUCAAUAUAUGGACACAAUUGACGAAAAAGAACCACUGAACCUUAUUCACAAGACAACUACAAUACCGAGUGUCUCUUCAAAUACUGUCAACUCCACUGUUCACGAAGAUAAUGACAACCAUCAUGCCCGAUCUGCUCAGCCGUUUUGGCUUGAUGUUCUAAAUCCAACGGAUGAAGAAAUGAAGGCAAUUUCUAAAUGUUUUGGAAUCCAUCCGUUAACUUCAGAGGAUAUUUUUCUAGGAGAAGCCAGGGAAAAAGUUGAAGUGUUCAAUGACUAUUAUUUCAUAUGUUUCACAUCUUUCGAUGUAGAAGAAGAACAUCAGAAAAGGAAAAGAGCAUCAGAAAAAGCUUACCAGGAUGCAAUGGAAGAAGAGAUUACUAAGAAUAGAGAUAAGUCCUUCGUAAGGAGACUUAUGAAGUCUUUAAGGAGAAGGAGAUCUGCCAACUCAAGUUCCAGGGAAUCCAUCCGUUCCAUUAAUUCGUCAAGGGGAUCUAAGAACUCAGAUAUGAUAAAAUCGAGUACGUCUGUGUUGUCCAAGAGAAAGAAAACGAAGCAUAGUAAAGACGAACUGGUUCCAUUGAAUAUGUACAUAGUUGUUUUCAAAGAAGGGGUUAUCACUUUCCACUUCAAACCGACACCGCACACAGGUAAUGUUCGUAGGCGUGCUAGGCUAUUGAGAGAUUACUUAACAGUUACUUCAGACUGGGUUGGGUAUGCGCUAAUUGACGAUAUCACUGAUGCGUUUGCUCCACUAAUCGACGCCAUUCAAAAUGAAGUUAACGAAAUUGAAGAUGAAAUUAUCAGAAUGCAAUCAGGAGAUUCUUCAGAUAGUGAACCUGAAUCGGAUUCUGAAACUGAAGAUGAAGAAAACCCAGUAUGGUUUAAAAUGAAGAGGAGAAACUCAAACAUAAGUGGUGAUAAAGAUUCCAUUUACACAAGAUCAACUUCUUCUAGUAACAGUACAGCAAAUACGAGGAUCGUCAGUUGGAAAAAAAAAGGUGACAUGUUAAGGAGAAUCGGUGAUUGCCGGAGACGUGUUAUGUCAUUAGUCCGACUAUUAGGAUCUAAGGCCGAUGUUAUCAAAGGUUUUUCCAAAAGGUACAACGAGCAAUGGGGAGGAGCACCUAGGAGUGAAAUUGGUUUAUAUUUAGGUGAUAUUCAGGAUCAUAUUGUUACUAUGUUUCAAAACCUAAAUCAUUAUGAGAAGCUACUCGCACGGUCACACUCGAACUACUUAGCGCAGAUUAAUAUUGACAUGACUAAAGUGAAUAAUGAUAUGAACGAUAUUUUGGGAAAGAUAACUAUCAUGGGUACGAUUGUUUUGCCUCUGAAUAUUGUAACAGGUCUAUGGGGGAUGAAUUGUCUUGUUCCGGGCCAAGAUGUUGAUAAUUUGAAUUGGUUCUGGAUGAUAGUGACAGGUAUGGCAGUAUUCUCUAUUACAUGCUAUUACUAUGUUAAGAAAAUUAUGAACAUUGUAUAA